ACAAUAUUUUUAUGAGUUCGAUUUAUCGAUUGAAUCGAUUUAUCGAGUAUUCAAAACCCUUCGUUGAUCAAAACAGCUCGUUUGUCUCACGCGCCAUAUAGACAAACUUCACCAAUCCCAUUUAGACACGUGUCCGAUAACUCCAAAAAAUAAAAAAUAAAAAAAUAAAAUUCUCCCUCGUUUAAUAAAUUCCCGUUUUCAAAAUUACAAAAAUAAAAUCCAUUAGAGCCAAUUUUCACAUACAGUGACUGCUCACCUCACCACCUUAAAACUCUCCUCAUUUAUCCAAUAACAAAUAAUUUCACCUCUAUUUUUUGAAUUGUAUCCCACGCAAUCUGAAUUGAAAUCUUAGCUACGAUUCUGGAUAAUAUUAAUAAUAAUAACAACAAUAAUAAUCAAUAAAUACAAAUGAUUGAUCAGUUUUUUUUUUUUUUGAAUUGUUAUUAUUAAUAGUUGUAGUAGUGAGAUAAAGGUAAUGUGUAUUGGCUAGUGAUCGGAAAAAUCGCGGUAAAUUGAGCUGUGGUUGUGGCGGUAAUGGCUUGUCUCUUUGGCUGUUUCAAAAUCAAGGAUGUUGCAGUUGAACUUCCUUCUACUCAUGGUUCGAGUUUGGAGCCGAAUCGUGUCGAGCAAUCUACUCCUGAUAAGGAUGUUGAAUUUCCUUCUGCUCGUGGUUCAAGUUUGGAGCCGAAUCGUGUGGAGCAAUUAUCUACUCCUGCUAAGGAACCUUUGGUGUCUCGUAAUAGAAGUCCAUUAUCUUCACUUUUUACUGAAGAAAAUGAUGAGAUCAACACUUCAGGCAGCAAAGAAGUGGCGAAUCAGAGUUUGGAUACAUCAAUCUCACAGUUGGAAACAAAUGAGCUUAGGAAUCAGGCCAAGUUGCUCAAAGCUUGUGGAACCUUACCUGAGACCCCUGCUGAAAUUCGGAACUGCUCAAUGAAAUGCAAAGACCAGGCAGCUUCCGUGGCAGAAGUUGAGCCCUUAAAAUUCAGUUUAUGGCCUUCUGAUACAACAUAUCAGAAGCUCAACUCGAAUUCGCUACCUGAUCGGCCCACACCUGUCGAGAUUAAUAGAGUAAAGACGCUUUCUGGGUCCUUGGUGCAUACGCCUAGCAGUUGUUUAACGGAUGGACAAAGUGAUCAAAAUUUAUCUAAGAGCUUCAUCAAUGACAGUGGGAAUUCUAGAACUCUGAUAUUCACCGAGGUUAAAGCUAAUCUGGAUCAUAAUGAUAACAAGGCUUCCGCAGCUUCACCAAUCACUGCCCCAACUGCCCAGUACAGAUACAGAUCUGUUCAUUUUGAAAGCGAUUCAGAUAUGUCUUCAAUGUCAUCAAAAUGCAUUUCAUCUGAAACUAGUCAGAGUUCUGAACAAUCUGAAUCAUCAGGCAGCUGCAAUGCAUCAAAGUAUGCUCCCUACCCAACCCCAUUAAAGCUAACUGAUGAGAUGCAAACACCUGGAACCGUUUUUCCAGCUCAUUUGGACCGCAUGGGAAUAGCUAAAACUGCACGGAUCAGGUCUCAGUAUGUGUAUCCUGUUGUAAACCCCGUGGAUGAUACUUCACAGUUGAAGGAAUUGUCAGAUGAGGAUUCACACUCCAUUCAAGAUUCUAAUUCUAGAUUUUUGUCCAGUCACACUACAGAUUCUGAUCAAAUGCCUGAAGAGACAAACCGUAUGUCAGAACUGGGAAUGUCUGGAUCCCAAGAAAGUGCAGCAAAUAAAGACGCAAAACCACCUUCAAUCAAUGAAGUGCGGAACAAGCAGCAACGUGGUUCCACGUACGGUGAAAAUGUUCAUUAUGCCAGAACUCCUGGAGAUAGACCUAUCAUUGGGUUAGUUGCUGCUCAUUGGAACGAUGAUGAAACUUCUCGUAUAUCUCCUAAAUGGUGGGAUGGAAACGGGAUUCCAAACUCUACCAACAAGUACAAAGAGGAUCAAAAAGUCAGUUGGCAUGCAACACCAUUUGAGGAAAGACUAGAGAAGGCAUUGUCUGAAGAAACAAAUAGUUCACAAAGGACGCAACACAGUGGGAUGCCUCCAAUUGCUGUUAAUGAAGCUGAGGAACCAAGUACUGCUACAUCCCAAGUGCGGUAAUCGUCAUCUCUGGUUGAAAAUUCUCGUUCAGUAUCAUUUGUUUUCCAUCAUUUAGAGACAAAUUCAUGGUUUACUCCUAGAUUUUUGGCCUCCCUUGAGCUGAGAUUUGCUUCUCAGACAAGUGUUUUUCACAGACAAAUUCAUGUGUUUGCUUUGCUUCAUUUCUGAUGAAGGCUUGACAUAACCCUUUGUAUUGCGAGUUUACUCAUGUCAUUCUAUACGAUGUACUACGGUUGGUCAUAUAAAUUG